CACAGGGAGCAUAGGGUGUGGGCUGCCAUCCUGGCCCGGGCCGCUGCCUUCGCAGGGAGACGGGAUGCAGGCGUGUGGGGGCAGCACGGCGGGACGCCGGGCCUUCGACAGCAUCUGCCCCAACAGGAUGCUCGAGCUGCCAGGCCGGCUCCUCGGCGCGCCGGGCAAGCCGGAGAGGAAGUUCGCGCCUCCGCGGAAGUUCUUUUCUGGAUGCAUCGGCGGCGGGGGCAGCGGCAGCACGGUGUCGGUGUACGAGGAUCCCCCGGACGCGGUGCCCGCUGCGCUGCCAGGUGAGCCCCGAGGCACCUGCGCGACCCCUCUGGCUCCCCGCGCCGGGUGGGUGCGGCGCGCGCAGCAGGGAGCUUCUCUCCCUGGCCUCCGACGUCCUGGCGAGGGCUCCAGCGGGCAGCUCGGCGGAGAGGCUGAGGUCCGCUUGGCGCGUGUCUCCCGGUCUCCCCGUGCAGCCCUCACCACCAUAGACCUGCAGGACCUUGCCGACUGUUCCUCUCUCCUCGGGUCCGUCGCGCCGCCUAUUGGUGACCCGGACGCCUCGCAGAACCAUUCCUUGCAAACAGAAGCAGACUUCGAUCUGCAGAAUUUCAGAGACACAGUGGAUGAUCUCAUUGCAGACUCAUCCUCUUUGAUGUCACCUCCCCUGGUGGACAGUGACUUCCCCUUCUCUCCUUGCAACGAUGGAUCUGUAUCACCUUUUGGUCCUGGCCUCUCCCCGCCGCUAGACCCGCAGGCCCUGAAGUCACCACCACUGUGCCCUCCGGACAAGCCAUCUCUGCCACUGGAGCAGUAUUGGAAGGAGGUGGCCGACCAGAAUCAGAGGGCGUUGGGGGACGCUCUUGUGGAGAAUAACCAACUGCACGUGACACUAACCCAGAAACAGAAGGAGAUCGCCUCACUGAAGGAGCGAAACGUGCAGCUCAAAGAACUCGCCAGUCGGACCCGGCACCUGGCAGCGGUGCUGGAUAAGCUGAUGAUCACGCAGUCCCGAGAAUUCGGAACAGCGGCGGAGACCUUCCUGCUCAAGGCGACAGCCAAAAGGAGUCUAGAGGAGCUGGUCAGUGCCGCAGGUCAAGAUUGCGCGGAAGUGGACGCCAUCCUGAGGGAGAUUUCCCAGAGCUGCGACGAAGCUCUGGAGAACCGGGAUCCAAAGCGGCCCCGGGUGCAGCUGGAGCCCGCGAGCGCUGAUGGCAGGCCCAGUAACCUGCACGGAGCCUUCCGGGGACUGCGUACCGAUUGCAGCCCGAGCGUGUUGAACCUGAGCCACAGCGAGCUGGAGGAGGGAGGCUCCUUUAGCACCCCUAUCCGCAGCCAUAGCACCAUCCGAACCCUUGCCUUCCCCCAGGGCAACGCCUUCACCAUCCGGACAGCCAGUGGAGGUUACAAAUUCCGCUGGGUCCCCAGUUGAGCUGUGAUGUGGUCCCUAAACCACUUCCCUGUAUACUAACUGAAGCGCCUGGAGCCUGAAGGGGGAGUGCGUAGAACUGUUGACCAAAUCUGGCUGUUCAAAACUGUUUCUGCAACCCAAUGCCACCCAGAAACUUACAUUUUUUUCAGGAACAAGAACAUCUUGAUAAACAAUCUCGAUGCACUGUAAAGUCCUCCUAUGAAAUAUUGUAUAGCUCUUCCUCUUUUCACAAUGGAACUGUGUAUAUGUAUAUAGAUAACAUAUAUGGAGGUAUCUGUGUACACACAUAAACCAACUUUUAAAGUAUUUAUAGCAGCCUUGAACUAUGUAGGUCAGGAAGGGACUUAGAAACGAAUUAGCCACUUUAAAAUUAUAUAAUGUCCUAGUUUCGUAAGAAGGAAAGGGAAACUCUAAGAAGUUAAAUUUAAUUUUCCACUCUAGGAAGCCAGUUGGAAUCUUCCAAUCACUAGUCACUUGAGGAUUCUAAGCCCAGAGGAUUGGUCUCUGGGUGACUGUUUCUAUACCCCACUUAACUUCCUUCAACCCUGGAAGAAUAUGUAAUUUUGUUACUAUACAAAAUUUUUAUUUUAGUUGCCAAAAUAUAAAAAUCAGGAGAGGUGGCCUAACCAGUUGCCUUAGGAAAAAGCAGAUUCUCAUUGGCCACGGACUAUUA